AUGCAUUUUGACAAAACAAUGCAGGGAGCACUUGACACACUAAAACUAGCUAAAACCUUCAAGAGAAGAGGUACAGAUCUCUUGCCAUCUACGUAUACAGACUUCUGGGCAGAGAAGAAUUCUUUACUGGAGAAUUUGGGUCUCUCAUGGAGGCAGAGAAUUGGUUGCAUAUUUAUAUCUGUAAUACUUUCAUUCUUCUUCUUCUUUAGGUCAUUAAUGAGUAUUAUCUCUUUCCCUAUAACACCAGAAUCCUUUGGAUGGAAUUUUGCCAUGUUUUCUGUUUUUAUUCUUUCUUCUCUCUGCUUCUUCAGUGGGUUCAAGACUUUCUUUAAGAAUAUUUUAUCAUCUGAUAUGGUUAUAUACAGUGGGUUAUACGUAAUUAGUACUAUUCUUACUGUGGUAUGCAAGAGAUGGUCUUAUAUUAUUAGGUUGCCUAUUAGUAUAUCUAUAAUUAUUACAUUCUUAUUAUUUGUAUACACUUACAGCACGAAGAAGUUCAAGAGCGGUAUACGUGGGAUAGGGAGUAGUCUGUCUAUAUUCUAAUAAAUUCAAGA